UCGGCGUUCAGUGUUUGGAAUUUUAUCCUUUUUUUUUUUUUUUUUUUGCUAAGAUAGCAAUUCGGGGGUCUGCGAUACCGGUAUCCAAUCCACACCUCGCCUCGAUAUCGCUCGCGUGGGCACCCAUUUUAGCAGGGGAGAGAACUUUCGUUCUUAAAGCAACCUUCUUCCCCAUCCUUCACUUGAGCCCUCCGUUCCUUCAACAAAAAACCUUUUUAUCUAGCUAGCUUCACGAGUAACUUCAGACAUGGCAACCCUAGAACCAGCCAAACCCGCAGACUCUGAGUCGAAGAAAAACCCCCAGCUUCCGGCCGGUCGAACACCUCCUUCACCAGCUCCCACAAACAUGUCUUUCAAACAAGGUGAUGAUCGGGAUGUCACUCGCAGACCUGAAUCUACACGAUCCCCAACCGCCAUUCAUUUUACGACCAGAGAUAUCGAGAAGGAUUCCCCCGCUACUGGGGGAUUGUCCAAGAAGUCUUCGAAGGGAGACUUUAGCAGGAAGAAGUCCAUGAAGGGAGCAAGUUACUACGGGGAGGUAUUCGCCGUUCGGGAGUCGGGCCCGGUGGUUCCCAAGAGCUCUGCGGUUUGGGUUGAAUUGCGAACAAACGUCAUUCUAGAAAACGAAUUCGAUUUCGCAAAGUCAUUAUCCGAGCUGGUCGCUAAACGCUAUGGAAAGACUGAGGAUGCUGUCUGCGUAUCUAUUGAACACUCGGCCUGUAUGGUGAUGGGGGGCACAUAUGAUGGAUCCUUUCUCUUAACUAUCACUUCCCUAAACAUGAUUUCUCCGACAUGCAACAAGCGAAAUGCGGCGUUGAUCGGUGAUUGGGUCAGCAAUAAUCUCAAUGUUGAAGUCGCUAGGGGCUACAUCCGUUUCGUCGACCCAGAUUUUGCGAAUUACGCGAUGGGCGGAUUCACCAUGUUGGAUUUGAUGGAGAAGGAAGAGCUUGCUAGGACUGGUACUACGGAUAAGGCGGGUGUUAUUAGGGAUAGGAGUACCAAGAGGUCCAUGUCGCGCCACCGUUCCAGCAGGAAAGUGAGGCAGAGCCACGAGAAGCAAGCUUCAACUUUUAUAGACGCGAGUGGAGAACUUACUCCGGUGGAAGACGAUGAUACCCCUUCUGAACUGCCUUCAGCCCUAGCAAAAUCCUCGAGCGACGGACGCCCGGCGACUGCCCCAGCUCAGAGAAUGAAGAAGAGAAGCAUGUUCGAUCUCUUCACCAGGAGCAAGGCCACACGGUAAACAGGAAGCACCAUCCAAUCAUAGUUGUGGCCAUAUCUACCAGAGUAAUACUCUACAUUUUUCUAUUGCUGGCGCUUUUUUUUCCUUGUCCGGAUUUUUACACGAGCGGAGUUUGUGUUUGGGUAACCUUUGCACUGUUUUUUUUCACCUAGUCACCUUUUCUUUCCCGGAACUACAUCCGGCAAAGUCGAGUUGGCAAUUACAGGUUCCUGUUCAAAAUUUUUCUUACGGCUGGGGGGUUCCAUUCGUUUUUUUUUUUUCCUUUUACGCUUUUAUCUUUUCUGUGCCCACUUUGCGAGCAAGGUUCUACAGCUACAGGUUCACUAUACAGUUAUUUUACGGUGCUUUCGAUGCGCUGUAACUAACAAGGUACAUAUUUCCUUUGUCAAGAUCGGGCGGUGUGGUUAGCAUUUUAAGUGUGGCCUUUUGCGUGCGGAACAGAUGUCUGAGCAGGAGAGGAAGGGUUCUUUUUUGUUUCUUCUACCGGUACAUUAUUUUUGCACAAGGUUAUGAGAAGUGUGUUUCAUUUUGAUGGGGUGUUUUCUACAGUUAUUGGUUUCUGUAUCAUAAACGGAAAUUAUUCAAUCAUUC